CAGGAACUGCAUAAAGGCCGGAAAAUAUUCGGGCCGUCUCUCACCACCUCUCUCCUCAAAAGAACACACAAGAGCCUUGGUCGGGGAAAGCCGGAAAGGUCUUGAGCUUCAGCUCAAAUUCAAGCACAGAAACAAGCUUAAAUCUGAUAAACCCCUUUCAGGAAACGUAUUAUGUGCCAGCAUCGACUCCUAAUUUCGUCAUUUCAUCUCUUCCUGUAUGUAAUUAGUGUAAAAUUGCAGUCCGUUGGCUUUACUCUUGAGAUAAAGCAAUCGCCAUGCUUGUUAGCCUUCUCAUCUUGCUCUGAUUUAUAUGGAUGAGUGAAUAUUAAACUCGUGGAAGCUUGUUGUGAGAGGAGUGUGUCCGUAAACCUUCAAAAUAUAAAUGGAAAACAGUUUGGGUCAAGAAUCUAAUCCAGCACAUGGGUCCUUUGACAAGUCCAGGGUUUUGAAUAUUAAGCCAUUGCGAACUCUUGUUCCUAUAUUCCCUUCACCAUCUAAUACCUCUUCAUCUUCAAAUUCACAAGGCGGGGCACCGUUUGUUUCAGUCUCUCCGUCUGGCCCCUUCCCCCCUGGCAUUUCCUCCUUCUACCCGUUCUUCUUCUCUCCAGAGUCUCAGAGAUUCUCUGAACAAAAUCUUCAAACCCCGGCAGCUGGUGUGCCUGCGGUUCCACUUAAUUCAUUCAGGACUCCAACACCAAGAGCUAAGGCUACUACAAAUGGAGUUGCGGGGUCAUCUAGAAGAAGCAGCAAGGGUUUCACAAACGAUGAUGGCUAUAGUAAUAGCCAUCAACUCAAUUUUGAGGUGAAUGAAACAGAUGCAGAAGAUGGAAGCCAGGAUAGAAGGCUUAGAUCGCAGAAGAAGAAAAAAGGAAGGCAGGGAGGUGGCUCUGCAGCAGCAGAGGUUGAUUUGGAUGCAGUCGCUAAUGAUAUUCUCAAGUCAAUUAAUCCUGUUGUUUUUGAUGUCUUGAAUCAACCAGAUGGUAGCAAAGACUCAGUUUCAUAUACACUUAUGAUUUUUGAAGUGAUAAGAAGGAAGAUCACACAAAUUGAAGAUAUGAAAGAUGGAAAUCCUGGAGUGGCAAGGCGGCCUGAUUUGAGGGCAGGCACAAUAAUGUUGAGUAAAGGGGUUCGAACAAAUAGUAAGAAACGUAUUGGAGCUGUUCCUGGUGUUGAAAUUGGGGAUAUUUUCUUUUUUAGGAUGGAAUUGUGUGCAGUGGGGUUGCAUGCACCAUCAAUGGCUGGAAUUGAUUACUUGGGCGUCAAAUUCACUCAAGAAGAAGAGCCAUUAGCUGUAAGUAUUGUCUCAUCCGGAGGAUAUGAAGAUAAUACAGAGGAUGGGGAUGUGCUGAUUUACAGUGGCCAAGGUGGGGCUAAUGGAAGUGAUCAAAAGCUUGAAAGAGGUAAUCUUGCAUUGGAAAAGAGCCUGCAUAGAGGUAAUGAAGUUAGAGUAAUUAGAGGUCUCAAGGACAAUGCUAAUCCUAUGGGGAGGAUAUAUGUUUAUGAUGGCCUUUACAAGAUCCAACACUCAUGGGUAGAAAAAGGAAAAUCAGGUUUCAGUGUAUUUAAGUAUAAAUUAGUCAGGCUGCCUGGGCAGCCUGCAGCAUAUACGAUAUGGAAAUCCAUUCAGCAAUGGACUGAGAAGUCUACUUCAAGAGUUGGGGUUAUAUUGCCUGAUCUUACUUCUGGUGCUGAAAAGGUGCCUGUUUGUCUUGUGAAUGAUGUUGAUAGUGAGAAGGGCCCUGCAUAUUUCACCUACUGUCCUUCUCUCAGGAAUUUGAAGCCAGCAAAUCCUGUAGAUCAAUCUGCUGGAUGUAAUUGUAUUGGUGGAUGCCGUCCCAGCACCUUUAACUGUUCUUGCAUUCAAAAGAAUGGAGGUCAUCUCCCACAUUCUGCAAAUGGGGUACUCUUGGACUUAAAAUCUGUGAUAUAUGAGUGUGGCCCUUCCUGUCAGUGCCCCCCGACUUGUCGAAAUAGAGUUUCUCAAGGUGGCUUGAGAGUUCGCUUGGAGGUUUUUAAAACUAAGAAUAAAGGGUGGGGUUUAAGAUCCUGGGAUCCUAUUCGUGCAGGAGCUUUUAUAUGUGAGUAUGCUGGUGAAGUCAUAGAUAAUGCUAGAAUGGAGGAGCUUGGUGUUGAAAAUGAAGAUGAUUACAUCUUUGACUCUACUCGAAUUUAUCAGCAGCUGGAAGUUUUUCCAAGUGAAACCGAAGCUCCAAAGAUCCCGUAUCCCCUCUAUGUAACAGCAAAGAAUUAUGGGAAUGUUGCUCGGUUUAUGAAUCACAGCUGUUCUCCAACUGUAUUCUGGCGCCCUGUUGUUCGUGAAAAUAAACUUGAGUCUGAUCUCCACAUUGCUUUCCAUGCAGUCAGACAUAUCCCUCCCAUGACCGAGUUGACAUAUGACUAUGGAAUAGUUCUUCCUCUCAAAGCAGGCCAGAGGAAAAAGAAAUGCCUAUGUGGAUCAGCAAAAUGUAGGGAUUACUUUUGUUAAUUGUCUGCUGAGUUCUUGUUGGGUUGGCUUCCAGUUGCUUAGGCUUCUGAAAAAGGCAUUACACAGUGCUACUAGGUUUGCUUGCUUUAGGAAGAAGGAAGGCCAUAAAACUGAAGACAGUAAGUAAAAUCUUACUCAUGCCAUUGUCUGGUUCUUUCUCAGGUUUUUGUUAAUUUGACAGACAGUAGUAGCAAGGAACUUUUGAGCUGACGACAUGGCAAGUGCAGCAAAUAGUAUAUCCUGAAAUCGUAUGUUCUUUAGUUAGCAGAUAGCAGAUCAACUUUUCCUUUUGACAAUUCCUGUGAGUUGGCACAUGAAUGAUCAGGCUGUCUAUUUACUAUGUGUAAUCUGUAGUAGUAUAAAUUCUCAGACUGAUCGUGUAAUUCUGUUUCAUUCUCAGUAGUAGGAUGCUAGGUUUUUAAUGACAAUGCUUUUAGUACUGUUGAAUGCAGUAUUGAAGGUUACUCUAAA